UCUACCGUUGGGAAAAAAACAUCAAAGAAGAAUAGGCCUGCAUGGCUUAGCUAGAAACCCGCUGCAUUGUCCCAUUCCAGCUAAUAUUUCAGUAACAAUGUCUUCAGUUCAGCAUCUCAGAGAGUUUAUCAGAGAGAGACUAACUGCUGCUGCUCAAGAAAUCUUCACCGAGGUUGAAAAAACCAUCAUUUGCUACGAGGAAGAGCUCGAUGCUCAGCGCAAAAUGAUGGGGAUCAACUGGAAACCAGAAAUUAAGCUACACAGAAUCGGUUCGGAGCUGCAGAGACAAAGUUCUGACCUCCAACAGCCAAGUGUCUCCAGUGAGGAAGAAGCUUCUGCCAUCCAACAAGCCUUUAGCCUGACAUAUAGGUCCAGUAAGGACCAGAAAGAAGUAGAAGGUCAGUGGGCUGUAGAUGAACAGAUGGAACCAGAACCAAAAUGGAUGAAAGAAGAAGAACCUACACUGCUUAAACAUGAGGAAAUAGAAUACGCACUAACAUAUGUAAAAAAAGAGGAACUAGAUUCUUCAGUGCUUCAGCAUGAACUUCAGCCACCAGAACAUUUACCAACUGGACAGAACCAGAAGAACUUCUGCAGCAGUCAGGAGGGAGAGCAGCUUGUCCAGAAGCAGUUUGUUGCUUUUAUUGAGACUUCUACUCUUCAGGAAGAUGAUAUGAAUGAAGAAGAGAGAAGAACAGAGCAGCUUACUGGCACAAAAAAGAGAUCUUUCAAAUGUGACAUUUGUGGGAGAUGUUACCCACAACAGUGGAAGUUGAAAAACCAUUACAAAACUCACACUGGUGAGAGACCCUUUUCAUGUGAAACAUGCAGAAAAAGUUUCUCUCGAAUUAGUACUUUGAAAGUCCACAAGAGAAUCCAUACAGGUGAGAAACCUUUUUCAUGCCAGUCAUGCGGAAAGAGUUUCCCUCAAAGUAGUCACUUAAAUGUCCACAAGAGAAUUCAUACAGGUGAGAAACCUUUUUCAUGCCAGUCAUGCGGAAGGAGUUUCUCUCAAAUUGGUGCUUUAAAUGUCCACAAGAGAAUUCAUACAAGUGAGAAAUCUUUUUAAUGCAAGUCAUGUGGAAAAAGUUUCUCUGAGGAGUUAAAAUGUAAUGAGAAUUCAUAAAGGUGAGAGGUGAUUUUGAAGCCAAAUGUGAAAAAGUUGGGGUUUUUUUCCAUUAAUAUUUUAAACAUGCACAUGAACCAAAAGUUCUCAGGAUGCACAUGGGUGCCAUGGGUUUUUCCACAUGAACUACGGGGGGAAAGUGUAUGAAAUAUGCUAUAGAGUAUUUAGAAUAUUCAAAACAAUUUCAACUGAUGUGUAAGUUCAGAUAUUGAGGUGUUAUGCUACUUGACUUGCUACUGGCCUACAUGUGCAAAGUAGUCACAACAAAAGGCGGACUUAUUUUUUUUGCUGACUGGCUGUACCCCAAUAGCAGAUAUAAGAAAAACAUUUGAUGUUAGUUUCUUUAGUUGUCCCAAUAUGAUUUCCACUAAAUAUAUAAAAAUAUAUCAUGUGUUUUACGUCAUAUUAGGUAUUUGAAUUGUUAAAAUAGACAGACACCAUUUUAGAGUCUCAAGUACUCUCAAAUACAUCAGAAUGAUUAGGUUGGAACUGCCUACUCCAGAGGUCUCCAGUCCAAUUCUUCAACAUUUAAUAUCCUUUUUAUAUUCAUCCCUGCUCCCAGGGUGCUGCCAGAAAUAAUGGGUCCCACUGUGCAGUUGCUGUCAUUAUUUUUUGAGUCUGUUUGACCCUUUGCUAGCGGUUUGAUACAUCCAAAGUUUGAUGUAUUAAACAUCUUAGAAAUAAAAACUUUGACAAUUGCAACAAAUACCCAUUUUUGAUAUAUUUCUAGAUUUUUUAAACUAUUGGAAUAAUUGUUUAUCUGCUUUGCGAUGGAUGUGUAUUUUCUUACUUGAUGAUUUUUGUAUUUUAUUUAGUUUUUUUAAGGGGUAUGGACUACUUUUUGUCUCAAUAAAGACUUAUGAAUUAAUGCGAUUUUCCCC